AUGCAUAUUCAUGUACAGCGUGAUUGUCCAUCUGGGCAGCUCAGCAAGAAGAAGUUUAUUGAGGUAUAUUCGGGAUUCUUUCCAGACGGAAAUGCUGAGGAGUUCUGUACCCACGUGUUUCGGACCUUCGACAAAGACAAUUCAGGCAAGAUUGAUUUCAAGGAGUUUCUGUUAGCCAUCAACAUCACAUCUGGUGGGAAACCGGAAGAGAAAUUGGAAUGGGCCUAUCAAAUGUAUGAUAUCGAUGGCAACGGCACUAUUGAACGCUCUGAGAUGGUGGAAAUUAUACGGGCAAUUUAUUCGAUGCUCGGCGCUGACGGCUCUUCGGUAGACCUGAGUCCGGAAGCACGCACAGACGAGAUUUUCGACAAAAUGGACGAAAACGGAGAUGGGGUUCUAACGCGUGAAGAAUUCAUGAAGGGCUGUAUGGCCGACAAACAACUAUACUCCAUGCUCCUGGCAGACGAGCCGGCCGAUUAA